AUGAAACGAUAUAUCCUCUUCACUAGCUUUUACAUAUGUAUCUUGAUUACUACAACUUCCGCAGCAAUUUGUUAUGAUAAUCCUCAUCGUAAUGUGAAUAAGUUGGUUAAAGUAGCAUGUGAAGAGGAAUAUGAGAUUUUUAAAAGGGAUGCACCAAAAUUGCCAGAAGAUUCAAUGUUUGAAUUUACAAUAGAUUGCUUAUCAACCGAGGUAAUCUGCCAAAAAGUUACAAAUGAAUUUGUAAAGGCAGGAGAAGAAAUUACAAAAACCUUAAAAUUUAAUACACCAGUUAAAGUAAUCGCAGCAUUUCAUAAUUUUUGCGACGUUCCAGAACGAAAUGAAGCUUGUAAAUCAAUAAUUGGGCAAGCUGGUGCGACACGCUAUAUUUCGUUGAAAGAUGAUGAUGGUAUAUAUAGAUUGUACCCUCAACCUUUAGUAAAACAAUUCCAAUUCGAGAAACAUGCCAAAUAUUUUGAAUUUGAUAUUUUUGCCGAAUUCAACGCAUUUAUGCCUUUUUGGUUUGAGGGGGAUCCAGAAAUUCAACCUCAACAAGUUGAUUUUAAAUCGGUCGUGGUUCAUGAAUUGAUUCAUGGCUUGGGAUUCUUUAAUGCGUAUUCACAAUAUCCUGGUUAUAAUGCUACAAUACCCCUUCAUAUUAAACUUGAUGAAGAAAAUGGUUUUAAUAACCUAGAAGAAACCAAUUUCAACGGUAUAUUUGUGGAAUUCGCGAUGGAUAAAUAUACCGUGUUACUUAAAGAUGGAACUCCGAUCUCCUAUUUUUUUAAGCGAUUAAAUUCUUUCUUCAAAGAGUACAAUACAACCAAUAUUAAUACAACAGAUUUCGUUAAUUCACCUCAAUUUAAAAUUGCUAAAAAAUUAUAUAAACUCUCCACCACACCCCUGACCAUUGGAGUUUUACCAAAGGGAGCUGUCAAUUAUAAAUCUGCCUUACCUUUAGAAACUUCCAUCGAAUUUAGACCAGGAUCUACUUUAGGUCAUCUUGAUUUCUCUACAUUUGAAAAUACCUCCGACUUUUUGAUGGUAUAUUCUGCAGAAACAUGGAUAGGAUUAACGUCCCAACAACUGGUGGAGUCACAUGGAAAUUAUCCUGGGGGAUUAAUUGGUCCACAAUUGAAAUUAGUUUUAGAAAAUUUGGG